AUGGCUGGCGGGGUGUCUGGUCGCGCUCUGCAUUUUGUGCUUAAGAUAGGAAACAGGAAGGCCAAUUACGAUUUCUUUACCCAAGUUCUGGGUAUGAAGAUUUUGAGACACGAGGAGUUUGAAGAGGGAUGCAAAGCUGCCUGCAACGGGCCGUACGACGGUAAGUGGAGUAAGACUAUGGUGGGCUAUGGGCCUGAAGAUGACCACUUUGUGGUUGAACUGACGUACAACUACGCUGUGAGGGACUACAAACUGGGAAACGACUUCCAGGGUCUGACAAUCUCCGAUGAACAGUUGUGGAAGUCAGUGUCCGAGUCAAGCUUCCCUAAAAUAGAAGACAAAUCAGCCGGUGUAAUAUGCGUUGAGUCGCCAGAUGGAUACAAAUUCUAUUUUUCAAGCAACUAUUCCUCUUUCGAAAACGACAAAGCAGGUGCUGCUAAAGAGUGUUGCCUGUCUGUGAGCAAUUUGGAAGCCAGUGUAAAAUACUGGAGUGAUUUCUUGCAGAUGACACUCCUGUCUAAGUCAGACAAGGAAGCAGUGCUCACUUACUCCAAAGACAGUCAGUGUUAUCUCAGAUUGAAGCAAUUAGAUGAGGGUCAGCAGAUUGAACAUGCAACUGCUUAUGGACGAAUUGCAUUUUCAGUACCAGAAGAGCAAGUAGAGCAAAUCGAGACCCGCUGCAAAGCGGAAGGUCACACAAUUCUGACUCCGUUCGUGAGUCUCGACACACCUGGCAAGGCUACUGUUCGAGUAGUGAUUCUAGCCGACCCUGAUGGUCACGAGAUCUGUUUUGUGGGCGACGAAGGUUUUCGAGAUUUGUCUCGAGUGCAGCUGAAUGCAGACAACUGCUUGAAGGAAGCUAUAAGUGCAGACAAGUCUGACGAAUGGAUUAAAAAGAUGGCUGCUCGAAAUGCAGACAGUUAA